CUUAAUGCAAUUUACGUUAGCUCUGGCUAUAUGAUGUUUGCAGUACACAAUGGUCUGCAAUUGAGUCACCCUUUGUAGUAUAUGACUACACUAGCACUGGCUAUUAAUAAUGGUUCAUGGCAAUUGAAGAUUGAUAUUUAGCACUAAUUUGACAAGUACGUUGAUGCUUAGGGUUCUAGGUGAAGUUAUUAUUUUAUUUAACACGUUUUAGCUCUGGCUAUUUUUCGAGGGUGACUCUUAGUAGCUCUGGCUACGUAUUAUAGCAAUGGCUAUAUUUUCUUGAAUUAGUAGCUACGGCUACUAGUACUUAUUUUCAUACAAUUAUAAGGCAAGGAAAUUAUUGUACACUUCCAUUAAACACAGGUAAAUCACAGGUAUUCCAUAUUAACUUUGUGCCCUUAAACAACUAUGGUUGUGGUGCAGGUUUAUGGCAUUGUGUCAAUGGUGGUGUGCAAUUUUAUUUCCUUUAAAUUUAGUCUUUUUUAUUGCUGAUUUAUUUUGUUUAUUGCCAACGUCAUCGUUUUCAGGAUUAUGGCUUCUCGUCCAAAGAGGCGUAGGACCAAACCCUUCUCAACCGAUAACCGAUCUACCCAGCCAGAUAACGAUUCAUCCCAACUGAAAAACCUAGUUACAGAAUGUAUGGCUGCAGCGUUACCCAUUAUUGAAAAGACUGUAAAAGAAUGCAUGUCCAAAUUAAACACCCCGCAACCAGCAGCCAACCAACAGCCAGCAACGACUGGACAGCUGGAAGACAGAUCGGAUGAAGUCUCAAAUACUUUAACGUUCAGUACCAUUGUAAAUAAUCAAGACACAACCACAGAUACAAAGAUUCAAGGAACUCUUUCCCAACAUGGAUAUGGAAGAAACGAUGGUUCCGCACACGCUCCUGCACCUCUGACCAGAACAGCAGACUUUCUUAUUAGGAACUCCCUCUCAGAAGACUCUUUGUCAUCCUAUAAGAACACAUUUGCAACUUACAAACGUUUCAUUCAUACCCAUAUUGAUAGUAAUGCAGAUCCCCUGCCACCAUCGCUUUCUCAUUUGUUACUUUAUAUUGCACAUUGCUACCAGUUAGGCUUGGCUGCUUCAACAACCCGCACACACAUAGCUGCACUAAGCUUUACCUUUCAACUCGGAGGCUAUCAAGACCUUACACAAAGCUUUCUGAUCAAAAAACAAUUACAAGGAUUUAGCAAGGUUAAGCCAUCUAUUGACAAUAGAUUACCUAUUACACCAGACAUUUUGUCAAAAGUUGUAGCUGCUCUACCAUCCAUAACAACUUGUGCCUUUAACAGCACACUACUUCACGCUAUGUUUGUUCUUGCAUUUUGUGCCUUCCUAAGGGUGGGAGAAAUCACAAAAACAGCAGGCGCCAAGCAGCACUAUCUGUUAGCUGAGCAUGUUACUUUCCAAAAAGAUUCUGUUACAGGCAAUUCCAUAAACCUUACAAUCCCUCAAUUCAAGCAUUCUAAUCAGUCUACCACUUUGCAUAUUCAGCAAAACAUGGCCUACCCAUUGUUAUGCCCCUUCUUAGUUCUACAAGCUUUCAUGAACAUUAGAGGUCACAGUUCACCUUGUUUUCAUUCAUGGAUGGUUCCCCAGUUUCUCGUCAGUUUUUUACUGAACACUUAA